UUGUCCCGGUUUUUUUUCCUUGCAAACUUUUACUGGUUUAAAAAUCAGUCAUUUUUUUCAGAUGGUUGUUUAGUGUUUCGUGAUUUCUUGAAAACAGAAUUCAGUGUUGAGAAUAUUGACUUUUGGUUAGAAUGCGAAGAGUUUAAGAAGUUAAAAGAGGGUAAAAAAUCAACGUUACAACGAGCUCGAGCUAUCUACAAGAUGUAUGUUGAAGUGAAUUCACCAAAGGAGGUAAAUAUUGAUGCUGAAGCUCGAUUGGCAACAAAUGCUGCACUGAAUGAUGGAGCUAAACGGGAUACAUUUUCGGAAGCACAAUCACAGGUGGAACAAUUGAUGGAAAAAGACAGCUACAGCAGAUUUGUUCGAUCAGAAUAUUUUGAAAAACUUUUGCAAAACUAA